AUGUCCGAAGACGACGGCCAAAGCAUAAAAUUCUAUGGAUCACAUAACAAUUAUGGGGAAUUCAGUAAUUUCUAUCCAUCCUCAAUUGAGAUCGAUGGGGAAAUAUGGCCAACCACCGAACAUUAUUUUCAAGCCCAAAAAUUUAUAUCAGAUCCAUUCAUCGUAGCCACAAUCAGAAAUUUCUCGACACCAAACGAAGCAGCAAAAGAAGGACGUCGUCGAGACUUGCCACUACGCAGCGAUUGGGAAUCUAUAAAAGAAUCGGUAAUGAUGGUGGCAUUGCGCGCAAAAUUCACACAACAUCCACGACUACAUCGCCUAUUAUUGAGCACAGGUGAUAAGAAAAUUAUCGAGCAUACGAAAAAUGAUCGGUAUUGGGGAGAUGGUGGUGGUCCUGGUCAAGGAAAGAAUCGACUUGGUAUUUUAUUGAUGGAGUUAAGAAAUUUAAUGCGAAAUGGCGGAAUCAACGUCAAAAAUCGCACGGAAUCAACGUCGCAAAUGAGAUCUAACAUUCGAAAAGCAUUGAAAUAG